AUUCACACAAGUAUUUCUCUUUGUAGGUGUCCACAGUGCCAAUCGGGGUAUGCUUGUGCGGCAGCCGGUGUUAGCGAGUGGUUCUGGUAGCUCCUACAUCUAUGGUUUCAUGGACUCCAGCUACAAACCAGGGAUGAGCAAGGAGUAGUAUCUGUCAGCGCUUUACCUCUGACGAAGGUCCAGAGUAGUGCAGCGCAAGUGUCAGAUGGAGAGCACCCCCUGCUGCCCCCCCUUGCUGCAGGUUAAUCCCGCUGCUCAGUACAACCAGGAAUUCUGGGACAGGAUCCUCCACUGUCCCAGGUCUGCUCUACCACCCUCACUGAGACUGACUCACACACACACACACACACACACACACACACACAUACAGUAAGACAUUCACAGACACAUGGGCACUCCUAUAUGGACAGAUGCACAGACGUAUACAGUAAACAGGUCUUUCAGUCCUGACACACUUACACAGACACAUGUUCCCAGACAAAAAGACAGACACGGUGUAUACUUGCACAGACAUACCUGACAGACAGACAGAGGGUACAUACAAUUACACUAGCACACACAUUAAUGUUGACACAUAUGGCUGCAGUGGUGUCUGUGUCAGCUCUAGACCGGAGUACAAUUUCCUGUUUCCCUAUCUCACCUGUCCUCUUCCCUGUCAGCUCUUUUUCUGUCACCCCUUCCCUCUGCUGAAUUCAUUCACUACUUUCUGUUGUCCUUCAGUGAAAGGUCUCCACUCCUUCUCUCUCCACAGUUCCCUUCAGUCAGAGGGCUAUGCUGCUGCACCUGCUGAAUUGGUGGUUGGAGUGGCUGCACGCAGGCAUUUGCCGGGGCUCGGAAGAGUUAAGGGUGCAGAGCUGGGCCCAAAGAGUCUGCCCACCCCCGAAGAGCUGAUGGGUCGGAGGACGGCGAGAGGCGGAAGAGGAGGCGGGGCACGCAGGGGUGACAUCAUGCAGCAGAGGGUGGCAACUGUGUUGCAUCACAUCAGCGACCUCAAGAGGAGGCAGAGCUCCAUUGACCAGCUGAAAACAGGGCGGAGCUGGGGUUUCAUGGCCAACAGCAGGCCAGAGGAAGGGGAUGCAACCAGCACGGGGGAGGAGCCAGACACAUCAGAGACUGGGCAAGGCAUCAGCAGGACCCUGGGGAGGAGAAACAAAACCUGUCCUGCCUCCUUUCCUCCAAACCUGCUCCUGCAUAACCAGGAGAUGACAUUAGGAGGAGGGAAGGCAGCAGUGCAGAAACUUGCUCCGGGAGACAAUCCCAUGAUGUCGUUUGUCAUCGCAAAAGCUGACAGGGGGUCCCACGUGGCUGGGUGCAGCCCACGCCUUUCUCCCAAGGAAUUCUGGGGUUUUGGUUUCAGUGCAGAGCAGUAGGGCCUGGCCCAUCUUGGUCUAUGACACUACUGUCCCAUAUGUUUCAUUCAGUGAAGUGAGUAUU